AUGGUUCAGAACAGAAAAAGUGAUGAUGAUUGUUAUAUUGAUCCAAUGUUAUUAAUCAUUGAGUGGAACGUUAUUCAAAGUUUUCUUGGUUGUCAACUGGUUUCAGAUCAUACGAUGAAUGUUGGAAGGAAAAAGCAAACUUAUUAUCAAGCGAAUCAAGCUUCAUUGGGAAGAGUGUUUGAGAUAAAGGCUACAGUGAAAGGUAGAUUUGAGAUUAGGGAACGCCGUGACGUAUUUUAG